GAAAGCAGAGUUGCAGCAAUUAAACCCUUGCGAUAUUUCCUACCUGAGGUAUUUGAUGCACUGUAUGACAUCUCAGAUGAUGACAACAGGGACAUUAACACUAAACAUCAAGCUCAAUCCUUGGCAACGAAAAUAAAAUCAUUCAAAUUCAUCUGUUCCAUUGUCAUUUGGUAUGAAUUAUUAUCAAAGGUGAAUGUGAUCAGCAAAAUAAUGCAGCAAACAACAUCAAACCUAUCAGGCUGUGUACAGGAACUGGAGAAGUUGAUCAAGCACUUGGUGGAAUACAGGUCUGAUGAAGGCUUUGAGAAUGCGCUAGCUGAUGCCAAAGGAAUAGCUGAAAAGCUUGAUUGUGAAGCAAAAUUUCCUGAUGCAUUUACAAUUAGACCUCGACGGAAAAAGAAGAUUUUUGACUAUGAACAUGAAGAUGAGUCUCUUGCAGACCCUACACAAUAUUUUAAAGUGAAUUUUUUCUUUGCCGUUUUGGACACAUCCAUCCAGUCCAUAAAUGAGAGAUUCACAUUACUUCAGAGCCACUGUGACACAUUUGCAUUUUUAUAUGAAAUCCCAAAACUUGGGAUGGACAAAAAGGAUAUAUUGAAGUGUUCCAUGGAUCUGCAAAACAAAUUAACUGACAGCCAGUUAUCCCACUCUGACAUUAAUGGAAUAGAUCUUUGUGAUGAACUGGACACCAUUCGACCUUUUCUAACCCAGGAGAUGACAGUCACCAACAUCUUGCAGUAUCUAGUGGAGAAUAACUUGACCAACACAUUCCCAAACCUUUCUGUUUCACUGAGAAUAUUGAUGACACUUCCUGUAAGUGUAGCUGCUGGGGAACGUUCAUUUUCCAAACUAAAGCUGAUAAAAAAUUAUCUCCGUUCCACGAUGUCCCAGGCAAGACUUACCAACUUAUCCAUUAUAUCCAUUGAAAAAUCCUUCUGCGAAGACUUGGAUAUAGAUGAUGUGAUUAGAAAUUUUGCUGUUGCCAAGGCUCGAAGAGUUCGUUUUGUUUGAUUAAAUAAUCAAUGUGUACACACUGCAUGCAUCCU